AACGAUUAUGAACUACCGAGUACCGACAGCAGUACUAAAACUGCAAUCAAAUCAUUCACAUUCACUUGAGCGUAGUUAAUAUCGUAUUAGGUCUCAUUCAUUGUUGUUGUUCGUACAAUACGUCGUCUAUGCUAAAUGUUAAAUUAAGUAAUAGAUUUUUAGGUGUUAACAUAAAAUUUAUUUAUCAUAUAUUGACUUGUAAAUAAAAAUCCAUAAGUGCGUAUUUACUUAAAUUGUUUAUGUUGUAUACAGUUGCAUUAAUCUUGGAGACUUGAAUGCAUCUUUAAAGACAGAAAAAGUUGAAAUGUCUAUCAUGGAGAUCUGCGGUUUAAUUGAUAUAAAAGUUCCAGCUAAAGGUAGAAAAUUCGGUUCAUGGAAGGCAUGGAAAAACCAAUGGUGUGAAAUACUCAAAAACGAAAAUCGUAUAAUCAUCAACAUAGGACAUAGUAAAGGAAACGUCACAUCGUGUUUAACAGUUCCUAACAAUGCAAUCAUCUAUAGAAUUAAAUCCAGGACUAAAGCCUACGGUUUUGGAAUAUUUAAUGCAGGACAAAAGGAACAACAACCAUGUAUCUUUCUUGCUGGAAAAUCAGAAACAGAGUCACAAAAAUGGAUGAAAUGUAUAAGAGAUGUUUUAAAACCACCGACACAUAUAAAGACAAAAAACGAGUACACUGUAUCGAUAAUUGACAACGAUCAUUCUAAAGCAGCUGGUUUAACCGGUCUUUAUGGUACUUUAUCUGUAAAAUCAGAAGAAAUAUUGGUAACAGACCCUCACACUGGCAAAAUCAAAGUAACACUCCAUUGGACACAAAUACAAUGUAGUUACUUACCUUUGCCGGCUAUAUCUGACGACUUGCACAGGGUUUGCACAAUACGUACAAACAGUAAGUUCAAGGCGGGUGAUGGUGAUUUGGAACUGUAUUGCACCGAAGCUGACGAGUUGCACAAUGAACUGCUUUCGUGCCCGCGACCGUUGCCCAGAAUUGCCACUACGCCGUUGCCCCCGACGCCCAAAGACAAACAGACGCGUUACGAUCACUGGACCUCGGCCGAUUCGCCUUCGACGACGCCGCCCCGGCGUCUGCUGGAGUCUAGACGAAUGAGUAGGAGCGAAGGCGAUCUCAAGAAAUUUGCCAUGCAACAGUCUACACCUACGCUACGGUCUGCUGGGUCACAACAACAUCUUGUACUCAUGCCCCGAUUCAACGAUUUGAGGCAAAAGAGUUCGUCACAUUUCCUGUUGACUAGCGUUGGAUUAUUGUUGGCCACACCUGGUUACAGUGAGCCCAACUCGAUGCAAGAUUUAAGGCAGAUCGACCAACACCUGCUCAGUAAACGUUUACAAGGCAUAGUAGAUGAAGAAAUCGUAUGCGUCGAAGGGAAGAGCGAGGAAGACGAGGAUUACGAAGAUAUGUUGCAUACGAAUAUCGAACAGACAAACGAUGCACCGCCACCAUUACCGCCGAGACAGUUGAAAUAUGUCACCAUGGCCAAUCUAGGAGGAAAUAAUAAAUUAUAUAUUUCUGGACCAGUACCUAUAUGAUAUACCUAUCUAAAUAUAUUUAUAUAUAGACAGA